AUGAUAGACCAUGUCUUGGGCAGGCCAUCGGUCAGAUUUCGCAAAUACCAAGUCUUUGCUGUCGUUUCAUUCUGGUCCUACUAUCUCUACAAAGGCAACCCGCAUGGCCCGCCGUACCUUCGUCGAAUAUCCAAACUCCUAUCCUCGCGCUUGACGGCCUGGCACACUGUUGUUCUGACCCUGAUAUAUCUUUACAUCACACGAAACUUCAGUAAGCUCGUAGGCCUCGAGUGCCCAGAACCACUUGCCAACCUCUACACAAGAUCGUACUUCCGAGCAACAUGGGUUACAACAGCGCUGGACGCAGGCUUCUGGACCGCCAUGAAUCUACGUCCUGUAUGGCUUAAAGACCUAGCGAGUCUUGUCUUCUCAGUCUAUUACCUUAUCUGUGCCGAACAAGCAGACGAGAAGGUGCGGAAGAUAAGAGCUGGCUUGACAUUAGAGCACCUGAGGGUCAGCUGGAACAAACCCAACACACCAUACAUCAACUUCUUUGGCAAGCUGAUGCGUCCGAAGUUGAUGCGUUACCCACCACGUGCCAUCCGCAUACCCAGACCCAGACAAAGCAGCUACGACGAACCUAUCCAAGCUUGGUUAUACUUCGACGGCCCCAUCAGCGAUCUGAAGAAUCAUGACAAGAUUGUGCUCGAUAUUCCCGGCGGUGGAUUCGUUGCAAUGGAUCCUAGAGCGCAUGACGACAAGUUGCUGGCCUGGGGAGCAAGAACAGGCUUGCCCGUCCUGGCGUUGGACUACAAGAAAGCUCCCGAACACCCCUACCCAUAUGCUCUGAAUGAGUGCUACGACACCUACCACACUCUGGUUGCAACCAAAGGACAAUGUAUCGGUCUCUCUGGGGAGACUAUGCCAAAGAUUGUCGUCAGUGGAGACAGUGCUGGUGGAAACCUGGCUGUCGGUCUGAUCCUCAUGAUCCUACAAUCCGGAAGCACAGCUGCUCGACGUUGGCAAGGCGAAACAUCACUCCCUGUACCUGAGGGUGCAGUCCUAAUCUACCCAGCUCUCGACAUGAACAUUGGCAAUUGGAUGACAGACGAACAAAUGUCUCUGAUCAAGGAUCGCAAAAUGCGAAAGACCAACAGAGGCGUUCUGAGCAGAAAGAGUGAUGAUUACAGAAAACUAACUCCCAACACCCCACAUGGAUCCGAGGAUGAAGAGGAUGACACCAGUCCUCCAAAGACGCAACGUACGAAUACCGCAGUGCAGCAGUUGACUGACAAACCUAUUGUCGCUUCGCCCGCAGAGCCUCACACCAGCGCUGCUCAUACCAUCGACGCCACAUCUACUACACCUGUUCCUCAGAUGCUACGUACCCGUCUUGCCAUGUCUUCUAUGAUCUCCUACUUCAACGACCGUGUCUUGACACCUGAAAUGAUGCGAGCUAUGAUCAUCUUGUACAUUGGGCCCCACUCACGCCCAGACUUCUCAACGGACUAUCUUCUUUCACCACUACUCGCACCCGAAGCACUUCUCACCCGUUUCCCAAAGACCUACAUGAUGACCGGCGAACGUGAUCCUCUGGUCGACGACACCGUCAUCUUCGCAGGCCGGCUGAAGCAAGCCAAACUGGCUCAUUGGAACAGCCGCAAGGAAUUAGGGUUGGUGCGCGAGCGUGACGUGUUCGUUGACACAGAUCACGUCAACGUAGUCCUCAUCCCCGGCAUUUCUCACGGCUUCCUGCAGUUCGCGGGUAUAUUCCCAGCAGGCUGGAAAUACAUUUCACGGUGCUCACGCUGGAUGGCUGAUUUGUUCCGUGAAGCCGACAUGCGCGCCGAGCUGGAGGAGGAAUGCGAAGAAACAGACCACUUUGGCAAUGAAGCUGGCUUGGGUAUGAAGAAAAGCAAUGGCAUCAGACACCAUCGCCGUAUGCCUACUGAGUCUUCCGGUGAUGAAGACAGGCCACUCGAGAUGAGUACACUGAAUGGCGGCGCCCGGACGAGCCCGAAGAAGAAAGGAAGUCCGAGGGGUGGUGGCAGAGCUGUCCGAGGAGCCAGAAAUGAGCGACCGAGGAACGAGAGGAUGAAAAGUCUGGUCAGUUUGGCUAGUGAGGAUGAUCUUCUGGGCAGGAGAAUGAAGGGCCUGACAGGCAAUCUGAUGGGUGAUGGAGGCAUGCCUCAAACUCCGUAG